GUGUAACGAGAGUAACAUUGUGAAUUGCCACAAUGAGGGAAUUUAGGAAAUACAACAGUGACGGCCAUCAUCACCGAAAACACUACCAUAGGCAAUACGGCGGAUAUAACCACUCCCAUAACGAAGAAUACAAGACGAACCCCCACCACAACAGAAUAAACAAAUACAAUAACAGGAAUGCCUACCAGAACCACGAUGAGCGGGACAGCCAAGUGCGCGUGAAAAUCUCAAACCUGGACUACACCAUCUCGAAGAACGACUUAAUGGAACUCUUCAGAAACGUGUGCAAAGUCGUGAAUGCCUGGAUCAACUACGACCACACGGAUAGAUCGGAUGGCACCGGCGUGUGCGUUUUCGAAAACAUCAACGACGCGCAGAAGGCGAUAGACAAAUACGACGGGUCCCAAAUCGAAGGAAUGGCAAUCAAAAUGGAAAUCAUGCACAGGAGGAAUUAUGGCUACAGGAAGAAGUACAAAAGUAGAUGCCCUUGGUAGGAGGGCCGCGCUGUGCUUCCCCAGGGGAUUUGACCAUUUGCUGUCAUGCGGUUAUGCAGUCUUGCGGUCAUGCUGCCAUGCUGCCACGCUGCCAACCUGCCAACCUGACAACCGUUUUGAUUUUUUUUUUUUUUCUCCCCCACUGGGACAGCAGUCCGAACU